AGCCCAAGUCUCCUCCUCUGGUCCAAAACUAGGCCCGAGAUGAAAACCCGGCCCACUGCCUCCUCCUUCUUCCUCCUCACCCUGCUCCUUCUAUUGGGCCCCGGAAGACCCGACCCGGACCCGCUUCAAGACUACUGCGUCGCGGAUCUAAAAACCCCGCCACCUUUCUUCAUCAACGGUGCUCCCUGCAUCGACCCGGAGCGGGUAGCCGCUUCCCAUUUCGCCACGUCGGUCCUGUCCAAACCCGGCAACACAAGUGGCAACCCAUUCGGGCUGAAUAUCACGGUCGUCAACAUCCGACACAUGCCGGGGCUGAACACCAUGGGCCUGACCAUGGCCCGGUUAGAUAUCGCGCCUGGCGGGUCGGUACCGCUCCACUGGCACCCGCGGGCCUCCGAGGUGGUGAUCCUCCUCAGCGGGUAUCUUCUGGUCGGGUUCGUGGACACCUCCAACGUGAUGUUCUCGCAGAGGCUCCGACCCGGGGACGCGUUUGUGUUUCCAAAAGGGUUGGUCCAUUUUAUGUUCAACGUUGGGGAGAAGAACUCGCCGGUGGUGGCGCUUGCGGGGCUGAACAGCCAGAAUCCGGGGAGGGAAGGGGUGUCGACUUCGUCGUUCGUGACGAGGCCAGAGAUCCCCGAUGAGGUGCUGAAGGCGACGUUUCAAAUCGGCGGCCAAGAUGUGAGCAGGAUCCGCAGGAACCUUGGAGGGUAAUUGUGGUAAUUUGAAUAUUUUGAGGUGAAAAAAUUGUGUAUAUAAUUAUGUGCCUUAAUAUAUAAAUACAAAAUUAAUUGUUAAUACCAAAUUUCAAAGCAAAUAGGAGCAAACAAAUAAUAAUAAAAUUUAUAUAUAUAUAUAUAUAUAUAUAUAUGUAUGUAUAUAUAGACACACACACUUUAUGUGUGCAGGAGGGGAGAAUAAGUGCAAGUUUGUUUUGAUAUCCAAUUUCAAAAUUUUCCUUUAUCAUAUAAUUGAGAUGUGUCUCGGGGAUCGGGUAAGUCGAACGUUCAACUGAUGCACAAAAACCAUAUUCGCAUUCGGACUUUACCCUGAUCAGCAAGACCUGUGGGCGAAGGACGCUGAUCCGUAGGUUUGCUACCUCACUAGGGGUUUGAAGGGCUCAUUGGUGGUUGAAGUUCUUAUGUAAUUAAAAAAAAAAAACAAGAAUAAAAAAUUUAUUUGCCAAUGAUUACAUUGAUAUUUAUUAAAAAA